ACACUAUGGAGCUACACGGAUGUUGGAUCAAUGUUUAAAACGAAAAUAUUGGAUUUUUGAAGAGGAAAUUUGUCCGCAGUGCCUUUCCAAGAGGAGAUUUUGUACACAAUCUGAAACUAACCUGAUAACAAUUCAAUCAAUCGCUGGUAAAUCAGUGCUUAUCUAAUGUCCACACUGAGCGAAGUCAUGGACGAAAUUGAAAUCGCCGAGGACAAAAACUGGGAAGAGCUAGAGCCAAAUUAUUCCUUAAAAAUUUUCUUGACAAUUUUGUACAGCCUCAUUUUGGUGACUGGAAUCGUGGGUAAUUCAAUAACAAUCCGAGUUACGCAAAUUUUGAAAAGGAAUGGAUAUUUGCAGAAAAACGUUACCGACCACAUGGUUAGCCUAGCGUGCUCCGACUUGCUAGUGCUGAUAAUCGGAAUGCCAGUGGAGUUAUAUAACGCAAUUUGGUUUCCGUUUUCCUCCUCAUCUGGUAACGUUUCCUGCAAAAUCUACAACUUUCUUUUCGAAGCAUGCAGCUACGCCACGAUCCUGAACGUGGCUACGCUUAGCUUCGAGCGCUACGUAGCUAUCUGUCAUCCAUUCAAGUUCAAGACAUUGGGAGGGAAGAGGACGUCAGGGCUAAUAACGUUUGCGUGGUUGGUAUCCGUGCUAGUAGCUUUGCCGCUAUUGGUCGCCACGGGAACACAAGGCCAUAUCCCGUUUAACAAAGACACGCCAGCUCAGAAUCUAACUUUUUGUACAAACUUGCGGGAUAAGUGGGUGAUGUUUCGAGUUAGCAUCUUCAUAGCGUUUAUAGUGUAUAUGAUCGUGCUCGUCGGUGUGGCGUUCAUGUGCAGAGCCAUGAUCCUGGUUUUGAGAAGACCGCUGAGCACGGUGGACAGAGAAGCCAAUGGGAGCUACGUGGCACCAAAACACGAAAGUCCCAAAGUGAAAAUGGCCCGGAAGCAGACCAUUAUUUUUCUAGGUCUAAUUGUGGGCUCUCUGAUGGUGUGCUGGCUCCCCAACCAGAUCCGUCGUCUGAUGAUGGCCGCCGUGCCCAAAUCCCACUGGACCAUCUCGUUUUUCCACAGCUACAUCGCCCUCCACCCUGUCGCUGACACGUUCUUCUACCUUAGCUCCGUGAUCAACCCUUUCCUCUACAACCUCUCCUCCAAACAAUUCAGAGAGGUGUUUCUACAAGUGCUAAAAUGUCGCUUGACCAUUGAACACGUCAACAAAAGGAACGUGCCCAGUUCCAGAGCAGCUUCCGGCCGAUCCAUACAGCCGCUGUUCAAGUCUCUGAGGAGAAGUAAAGGGAAUAAUACCGUGGGGAAGGACAGUCACAGACCACCACCCACUUUUACGACGUUUCAACCACAAACUGAUUCUGGAAUUGGCUCCGAAACACAGCAGCCUCUCAAUCUGCCCGAAGAGGCCGAAACAAGUGACAAAAAUAAAAUAUCAGAGUCUGAAGUUUGA